AUGUUGAUCAUUAAGGACAACUCGGUAUACAGCAACAAAGGUAACAAGUCCUUAAAGGUGAACGCGGUGACUUCUGCUGACAAUGCUACGACACCAGGAUUCAAGUCACUGACACAAGCUCAACUUCUGUCCGAUGCGCUAUACUACACUGCGUCCAAUGAGUCGCGGCCAUGGCUCAUUUAUUACAUUUCUCGCCCGCUGAUCGGAACGUAUGAUUCAGCAAGGAUCAUACCUGCCGCAGUGCCUGGAACCGGAAGCAGGGCCAUUGAACCUAGCACGGCGGACAAAAAAUAUGGAAAUGGGGAUUCAAUGGGAACGCCACAAAAGCAAGAGAUUAGAACUUUUGGUGAACUGCUUGCCAACUUUCCAAUGAUUGCCCGACAGAUGCAGCCUGGUCUCGAACGAUUAUUCCGCGAAUUUGGAAAGGAGCUUGGAAAACCGCUACCGCCUCCUCCUUCACGAUCGCCGUCUGCAUCUGGCAGUGAGCGUAUGCACAAGCUCACCCGCACCGAGUCACUAACGGAUGAAAGCUCUUCUAUCCGCAGUUGGUCGUCACGCAGCAGAGGACGACUGCCUUUCAAUUCGGAAGAAUACUUCGAAGACGAUGAAGACCUUAUGCGCCGAAGCUUAGAGACUGCUGUCACUGCGGCCAUUGAUCUAUUUCGUCUCGUUGACAAGCAACAACUAUCACUGCUCGGCGCGACCACCGACCUCACUGGCCCUGUAGUCGAACGUCUCAUAGAACGCUAUGUCGCCGAGCAAGUUCACGAGCCCUUACUUUUCCCUCGUCUUUGUUCCUUCCGCCAGCCAGAAGACACAGAGUUGGACUCUCGAAUACGACAGAUGGAGAGCAUCGAUGUGUCCCAGGUUGGAAUCUCCGUGGAAGGUGGACGUGCAGGCAAACGAGAGUUGAUUCGGCGACUGGGGCGAGGUGUGGAUGAGUUUCGGAAGAUCAACGAGGCCCGGUGUCCUCAUGAUAUGCUGAGUACUCUCCUUGGAACUGUCAAAGUCAUUUCCUACCCAGGAAGCUAUGAUCAGCUGGACGGCCCAGCGUCCGAGAAAGGAACUUCUUCUGUCACGAUCAAUGCCGAUGUUCUAGUCUCAUUGUUGCUCGUUGUUGUGAUUCGAUCCCAAAUUAGACAUCUCCAAGCUCGGUUGCUGUAUAUGCAGCACUUCAUCUACAUCGAUGAUGUCGAUAGCGGUGAGAUGGGCUAUGCUCUGAGCACUUUCGAGGCGGUUUUGAUGUAUCUUGUGACCGAUUCCGCAGGGCUACGUCGCGCCAGUGCUCGAAACCGACGUCUAUGGCAAGCCACCAAAACAGGCAGAUUAUCUGAUAUGAAGGCCAUUUUGGAACCAAACGAAGACCACGAGUCAGAAGAUGACAUCACUCCACCGGAGCCAGAGCGGAAGUCUGUGUUUUUCCAGACAGAUGACACUGAUGAAGCAGAGGAACUACCACUUGAAAACUCUUUCACCAAUCACAUCAACAGCGGAACACACCAAGAGGAAGCCAUUGUCGAUACACCGCCAUUGUCACACGUAUUUCCAUUCCAGACAUGGGAUGAUCCUUCAAUCCUCCAAGAACCUCAUCGAUCAGUCAAAAAAGUGUCAAUGGAUGUUCGCAGCAUGUCAGAAUCAUCAGCCAUCUCAUUCAUCUCCAGGACAACCACUGUUGGUUCGAUGGCGAGUGGAAUCGAGGGUGAUAGCUCAAUUGAGACUUUAACCAAAACCCAAGACCCUGCCGGUGAUUCCAUACCAAUGAUGGCAGUAGAGGGCCGUCAGCCUGAGGCUUUGAGAUACUUGUUGACUCUGGAGGAAUACUUCCCAUUGGAAGAGAUUCUCCAAGAUACUAAUGCCAAUGGGACGACACUAUUGAAUGCUGCGGUGCAGCUAGCUCACAACGAGAUUGUUGAGAUUCUUUUGGACUUUUUGUUCGCAAAGACAGACGCAAAUGUGGUUGCGUUCUAUUUGACCAAAUCCGAUGUUCAUGGCCGAACUGUCGCCCAUUAUCUGUUCAGCACACCCUCUCUGCUGGCCCGACUCGGUAACAUCGUUCCAUGGAGACUGCGAGACAAGCACGGACAAACUCCGCUCUUCGCACUUUGCCGAUCCUAUGAUCAUCCCGAGUAUAAAUCCAUGGUCCAAGCUGCUUUGACUGCAGCGCAACAGUCGCAAGGUGAUAACAAACCACUUCAAUUGGAUGACCAUGUCGACGCCAAAGGGAACACCUUAUUGCAUAUUGUUGGCGACCCAGAGAUCACAAGAAGGAUUCUCCAGGAGAGCGACUGUGACCCCAAUGCGACAAAUGACAAGAGAUUCACACCAUUGAUGAUGGCCAGCAAGUACGGGCGAGUCGAUCAAGUUCGCAUUCUAUUCCUAGACCCAAGGGUCGAUGUUCAUAUCAAAGAGGCCCGUGGUUUGACGGCCGUUGAACUAGCCAAAGAUGAUGAGGUACGAAAUCGCAUCGACGACUUGAUUUUGUUGUCCCAUCCCCCAUCUGCCUGUGGGGACCCUUCAGGCCGUGUCACGACUGUCGUGCGAUCAUUCUUCGUGGAAGAUGCAACAGUACGCUUCAUCCUCAAAUCCGGGGCUCCUUAUCCUCCAUCCGAAUCAGUGGCAUCUUCACGGCCUGGAUCAACAACAUACACGGUUACGACUUGUCGUCGCAAUUUCUCGGAUUUCGAGAAUUUGGCCAAGUGGCUUGCAGUGGAACAUCCAGCGUCUUAUAUGCCAUCUCUUUCGGAUUUCCGAAAUCCAUUUCAAAUCCAUUCAAAGCCAUCGCGGUCCGUGCUCCAUGAUCUACAGGAAAGGCUCGACCGUUUCCUCAAGACGCUCUUGACCCAUCCAACCUUUUCGACCCAUGAAAUGCUGUGGGAGUUUUUCCUCGUUCCAGAGCUUCAACCUGAAAUGGUGGCCGAUCGUUCUCGCCGGAAGGCAGCAGUGCUCACAGAAACAAUCGCCGAUGAAUACCCGCCUGUUUCGCUGGAUGGAAUGCGCGAUACCGAGCAGUUCGUCAACCACGCCCAGGAGAUGGUGCGCGGAGUGCACGCAAAUACGCGCAACCUGAUCCGCCGUGGACAUGCGCUGCACAAUGGAGCAUCAGAUCUUGCUGAUGCCGUGAUGCUAUGCUCAUCUGCCCUCGCAACUCUCCGAGAGCCCACCAAUGCGCUUCCCGUAUCGCAUAUAGAGGCCUUCGCCCGAUAUGCCACAUACCUAUCGACCUCAAGGUCGGACUCCUCCCCUCUCCUGCAGUAUAUUGCCGCUCUUUCCUCAGUCGACAACACAACUGCCGCAAUUCUUGAAUCUCUCUCCCGUCCACUAUCUCUCAUGUCCUCCCUCUCCUCAACAACCCGCAACAUUUCUCGCUCACGCUCCUCCCUCCUCUCUUCGUCCCUUCCCCGCAAGUUCAACCUCAACCUACCCGGUUUUGAAGAAUCUCGUCAAAAGUCCGUCCGCGACUUGGAAAAAAAGAUCCGCGACGGUGAAUCCGAAGCGACUCGCCUCGCGAAAGAGGUGUCAUGGAACAAAGAUGUAGUAGUCAGCGAGCUGGCUGGCUGGACCUCAUGGCGUGAAAAGGUUGGCCGUGAUGCCAUACGUGCUUUUGUCAAGGAUACUCUUGUUCGUGAAAAGGAGCGUGGGAAACGGCUUGAACGCUGCCUGCGCAGUGUGCGUGAGAUGAAUACUUGA